AUGCCUAAAGAACCAAAACAAAGGCAGGAUGAUAAUAUCCCACCACCACCACAAAACAAUCCACGCCAAUGUCAUUUCUGGGUGAAGCGAAAAAGACGAUAUUGUCAUCUUCCGACAAAAUUAGGAAACAAAUUCUGUGGUGAACAUUUGAUUUGUGAUCAAGAAGGAAAGAGAAGAAGAAUUCCAUGUCCAUACGAUCGAUCGCACACGGUGUAUGAGGACGAGUUACAAUCACACCUGAGAAAAUGUAACGCAAGACCUCUUCCUAAACAACCUUACUUUUCCCUCGAUAUCAACUGUACACUGGCAUCAUCCGAUUCCCAUACAAAAAUUGCGCUAUCAGAGCUUCCAAAGGAAGAACUUGACGCUUUGAUUAAAAAAAUCGAACAAUGGUACGACUUGCUCGUGCCCGAGAUACAAACAUCUGUCUUGGAUCAUCCAGUGCUGCAAAAAAAGAUGGAAACAUUAAAGAAUACAAAACAUGCUAUUCAGCAGGCGUCUCUCCUGGGACACAUGGAAAAAUUGUCACUAUUGCCAAAGGACGGUUGUUUUAUUGAAUUUGGUGCUGGUAAAGGAGAAUUAUCGAGAUUCGUUCAGGCGGCGGUUGCUGACGAUGGCAGUGCAGUAUUUAUUUUAGUUGAUAGGAAGAAUAUGCGCUUGAAGUUUGAUUCCAACAUUCGAGCUGCUUCCGAUCCAUCGGCUGUAAGACGUAUAUGGAGUGACAUUAAAGAUUUAGAUUUGUCAAAGGUUGAUUUAAUCGAAAACAAGAAAGUGAUCGCGUUUUCCAAACACUUGUGUGGAUCUGCGACGGAUGUCACUCUUAAAGCGCUUGUCAAUCUUGCAAAGUCUACAGAUCACGGGUAA